AUGUCAAACUUGACAAUCGAAAAUCAAAAUACUUUGGAAAUAGAAUGGUCAAAUUACCAUGAAAUCAUACCCAAAGAAGAUGAAAUUUUCUCUUUUCAACACCAAUUGCUUCCUCUUGAUUUUAGCAAUAAUUGUUAUGAUGAUUUUGUGCCUCUACAACAAGAUCUUCUUGAUGCUUCCUAUUUUCUGGAUAUCAUCUCAAUGAAUACAAUCUAUUCUUCCAUGAACAUUUUAUCAGAUAAUCCCCCUUAUUAUGAGGAUGGUUUCUUGGUUAAUGGCGAAUUAGGCUUAACCCGUGAUCAAGAAAUGCCCAUGAUCAACCGCUCGGUAAAAGAGUUGUAUCCAACUGAUCAAGAAAUACCCACAUUUGAUCAGUUUCCAAAUCAAGAAAUGCACAUGAUCAAUCACCCAUUAAGGUUUUCUUAUGAAAACCAACCAAGAACGAAAAACAUCGAUAAUGAUGGUAAAGAAGAGACCAACGGGUGUCAAGAAAAAAAGGAAGACACUCAACACAAAGGCAAUAAUAAUGGUGAUUAUAUGAAUAAUAAUUCCUCGCGAUUGAUGCUAAGUAAGGAGACGAUUUCGCAGUACUUUUACAUGCCAAUAACACAAGCUGCAAAAGAGCUUAAUGUUGGGUUGACACUCUUGAAGAAAAGGUGUAGAGAAUUGGGAAUUCGUCGUUGGCCUCGUCGCAAACUUAUGAGCCUUACAACACUAAUCAACAAUAUGCAGAAUGGAUUAGUAAAGCGUGAUUUAGAGAAUCCGUCCGAGAAUGAAGCCAAAGAGAAGAUAGUAGCGGCAAUUGAUGCAUUGGAGAAAGAAAGAAAAAAGUUGGAAGAGGUUCCCGAUAUACAACUAGGUGACACCACAAAAAGGUUGAGACAAGCAUGCUUUAAAGCAAAUUACAAGAAGAGGAAGACAAUUUUAAUGGGGAAGCCGAGUUCAUGUACGUUAAUGGCUAACAAUUAUGGACAUCAGUCGUCGUCUUCGUGUUCUAGCACAUGUGUUGAUGAUCAUAGAGGCCGCAUAGAAGCCAUGGGAGACGAUUAUGGGAACGAUCAAGAACAAGAAGAAUUGGAUCAGUCUAAUUUGCUAUUAACUGCAGGGUUUUGCUUUCCAUCAGCUGCAAGCAACUGCUUGAUGUUCUAA